AACUGUGCUAAUAUUUCGAUUUACGUAAAAAUACUUCACAGCCUAAAAAUAGAAACCCCAGCAUUACCAUCUCUCUCCUCUCUCUCUCUCUCCCCCUCCCCCGUCUCUCCCUCUCUCUCUCCCGCGGCAAAGCUUCAGCGAGUUCCGCCAUUUCAGGAACUGUGAUCUUCACAAAACCCUAAUUUCUUUCCUCCUCAGUUCAAGUUUUUAACUGUGUCAAUGUACUAAUACACACACAUAAGCACACACACUCAUUCACAUUUACAUCUACAUCAACAAAGUUGGGGAAAAGCUCAGAUUUUUACUAGGGUGAGAUUAGGCACAUAGAUUCUUGACUUUUAAGUGUGUUUAUAAAAUACCCAAUUGGGGUUUGCUACUGUAUGUAAUAUACUGUAAUUAUAUAUUUACACACACAAUAAACAAAUAGACCCACAAAAGCACUCACAUUUACUACAUCUAAAUCAAGAAAGUUGGGGGAAAAGGUGAGAUUUUUAUUGGGUGGAACAUGAGAUUAGGGGAAGGGAUUGUUGAAUUUGAGUGUGAUUUUAGUUAUGGGUGUGGCUAAAGGUUGGAGAUUUAGUGGUAAGGUUUUUAUUUGGGCAAAUCAUAAUCUGGAUUUAGUGCAUACUCAAAAUGGUGGUACAAAGAAGCAAGAUUUUUCUUGGAAAUGGUCUACGACUGUGCCUGCGCCGAGGCGCCCGAUCCGGUGGUCAUUGGUUUGCGGGGUUAUGCUUUUUGUGUUGGGAUUGAUUUCUUUGUUUACUGGACAUAUUGUGUCUGAUCUUGAGUGGUACUCUCAGAGAUUGUUAGUUAAGCGUAGCUGGUAUUAUAAACUGAAUGGAGCUCGUGCACCAGUGGAUAUCUGGAAAUCUGAGUUCUCGAAGUACUAUUACGGAUGUAGUGAAAGAGGUUCGCGUUUUGCUCCUGCUGUACGCGAGAAACACUCUAAUGGUUACUUACUUAUUGCGGCAAGUGGAGGACUUAACCAACAACGGACAGGAAUUACUGAUGCUGUUGUUGUUGCGCGAAUUUUGAAUGCUACUCUUGUUGUACCGGAGUUGGAUCAUAAUUCAUUCUGGAAGGAUAAUAGCGACUUUCUCAACAUAUUUGAUGUUGAUUGGUUCAUCUCUUCCCUUGCCAAGGAUGUCCCCGUUGUCAAAAGAGUCCCGGAUAAAGUUAUGAGAUCAAUGUUAAAGCCCCCAUACACGAUGCGCGUUCCAAGGAAAUCAGAACCAGAUUAUUAUUUGGACGAAGUGCUGCCCAUACUCUUAAGGAGACGUGUUGUUCAGUUAACUAAGUUCGACUAUAGGCUUUCUAAUGACCUUCCUGAAGAGCUUCAGAAGUUGCGUUGCCGUGUUAAUUAUCAUGCUUUGAGGUUUACCAAACCUAUAAGGAGUAUAGGCCAGAAGGUGGUCACAAGAAUGCGAAAAAUGGCAAAACGCUUCAUAGCAGUUCACUUAAGGUUUGAGCCUGAUAUGCUAGCCUUUUCUGGUUGUUAUUAUGGCGGGGGUGAUAAAGAGAGAUACGAGCUUGGUGAAAUAAGAAAACGAUGGACAACAUUACCUGAGACAUCCCCUGACGGGGAGCGAAAGCGAGGAAAAUGCCCACUUACACCUCAUGAAGUGGGUUUGAUGCUGCGAGCACUUGGUUUUAAGAAUGACACGUUCAUUUAUGUUGCAUCUGGUGAAAUAUAUGGUGGAGAAGAGACUCUUAGACCUCUUCGUGAGCUCUUUCCAAACUUCUACACAAAGGAGAUGCUUGCGGGUGAAGAGAUACAGCCUUUAUUGUCCUUUUCUUCUCGCCUUGCUGCCAUUGACUACAUAGUAAGCGAUGAAAGUGAUGUCUUUGUUACGAACAAUAAUGGGAACAUGGCAAAGAUUAUUGCUGGUAGAAGGAGGUAUAUGGGGCACAAAAGAACCAUCAGACCAAAUGCAAAAAGACUUAGUGCGAUAUUCAUGGAACGUGAUAAGAUGGGAUGGAAUACAUUCGCAAGAAAGGUAAAAUCAUGCCAACGAGGUUUCAUGGGAGAACCAGAAGAGGUUAGACCAGGACGUGGUGAGUUUCACGAGUAUCCAGCUGCUUGCAUCUGCAAGAAAACAUUCAAGUUCUCUCGUAUAAGAAGCAGAAAUAUUGGAGACCGGUCUUCAGAUAAAGUUCUAAACAGUACAGAGGCCAGAGUUGAGCAUGGAGAUGACACCGAUUAUCAAAGGCCAGAAACUUAUGACCGGCUAAAUAACACGGGCAUGGUAAAAGUGCCAGUAUCUCUAACAGAAGUUGAUGAAGAUGACUUUUUGGCUGACUAGAUGGAUAGAUCCCGAUGAAACAUCUCAGCUUGAAUAUCUGAUUGUUAGAACCUUGAGCUAAGCUGCCAUCUAAGUUCAUUCUGUGGCCACCCGCGGUGGAUAUUAUCAUGCCACAUUCUUUCAUCAGCAUGGUGUUGCAGGACGAGCAACCGCUCAGUAAGAUGACAUCUAGCUUCCAUACGAUAUCCAUGCUCGGAUUGCAAUGAUGAACUGGAUAUGUAUAGAUAAGUUAUAAUUUCAAAUAAGCUGCAAGUGUUCAUAUGUAAUUUUCGACAUACUCUACUAGUAGGUUUGCUUAAAGUAUAUUUUUUCCUUUUGUAAGCUAUACUAUACUAAUAUAGUGUCAGCUUAUGUCAUGACCAUAUAAAUCCCCAUUACACAAAUCAAA